AAACCCUGAGUUCGCCUCUGCAUACGGGUACUCAAUUUUGUCAAUAAAGAUUUUGCACAAUUUAAUUUUUUUAUUUCAUCGCGAAAACUGCCACCGGAAGUUACUGUGUGCUUCUCCAGAUUAACAAGAAGACCAACAGAAAAAGACGACGAACUUGACAGAGUGAAUAAAAGGCCGCACAUCCAUGGCAUCAACAAAAUAUACUCACGCAAUUGUUUGCAGAAUCCCGCUGAGUCUGAGAACACGCGGAGAAAUUGAUCUGGAGGAGGCAAAGAGGCAGCACGAGGCCUACGUAAAUUUACUUCGGGAGCAGGGAUUGGACGUCAUUGAGCUUCCGCCGGAUGAGAAUCUCCCGGAAUGCGCCUUUGUGGAGGACACAGCAAUCAUCUGCAAUGGAAUUGCAUUGAUUACAAGGCCAGGUGAUCCCAGACGAGCGCAGGAAGUUGGAAGCAUUAGAGCGGUGAUAAAGAAGGAAUUGGAUUUGCCAAUUGUAGAGAUUGCGGAUGAGAAUGCAAAGCUCGAUGGUGGUGAUGUUCUUUUCACGGGAAGAGAAUUCUUUGUCGGCUUGUCUCAGUGGACAAAUGAAGCAGGAGCAAAGGCUGUUGCUGCGGCAUUUCCUGAAUACCCAUGUGUUCCCAUUAAAGUAACUGAACAUCAUCAUUUGAAGUAUUAUAUAUCAAUGGGUGCUCCCGAUUUGUUGGUUGUCUGCAAUACAAAAGAAUCUCAGGAGAUUCUCAAGAGAAUUGAGCGCGAAGCAAGUUUUACGUAUCAAACAUUGACGCUGUCCGAGGAGAAAGCUGCAAAUGUUCUCUUUAUCAAUGGAACUCUCAUACACAGAUCAAUUGAGGAGAUACCCGUUUCUCACCAGAUUCUCAGUGAAAAAAUCGACAUUCCCCGACAAGUUUUGAAUAUUUCAGAAUUAGGGAAAUUUUCAACAGGUCUCACGUCCUGCAGCCUCUUGGUACGACGGACAAAGUAUAUUCGCAAUUUAUAAAAAAAGCAAUCUCAUGCAGAAGAAAGUAUAUUCAUUCCAUUGGCGCGGAGAAUGGAUAAGAAUUUUUGCCACACUGCCCUCUCUUCAUCUCUUCGUUCUUAUUUAACAAAACAAAACUGAAUGUAUUAACAAUUUCAAUGUGUGCUAAACAAAGAAAAAAAAUCUCCUCGCUUAAUUUUCUCUUUAAGAACCUAAAAAAAAAGAAAAAGAAUCUCUGUGAGGAAAAGUGAAUAAUAAAAAUCGUACAAAUUUUUAGCGGAAACACCCUAAUAGUGAGUUUCUUGUUCAAAAUUGUUUUCUAAUGUUGAUGCAUUUUAAGGAAAAAAAAGCCACAAACUUACUAAAAAGAAAACUAUGCUAAAGAACUAACUAUAUAGACUAUUACUUCAGGUUCCAAUUCCAGUCAUAUUAUACAAGUUUUAUUUUUCGAUAAAUACAUUCAUAAUAAAUGUUUAAUAAUAUAUUUUUGUGAAAAUAUUUAUAAAAAAAAAGUUUUCUUAAUUUAUUUUUGACCAAUUUAUUUUUUAAUUUUUCAUUUCUUGCGUAAGAAAGUAAACUAUAUAUAUCUGUCUUAUAUGUGAGCAUUUUUGUGAGCCCAGUUUGAGAAGCUGAUAUUAAAAGCAAUUGGAUUCCAGUAAAAUAAA